AUGGCCUCUUUUCCAGAAGUCUCGAAUGGAUCUUCCGUCUACGGCCUCGGUGCAAAGACGCCCCUGCCACGGGCAGGAUUCAUCACGCUAUCUGUCCUCAUGGUGCUGGCCUCUGUCACAUCUGUCGUUCUGAACGCAACGGUUAUCGCUGUGACCCUCCGGCACAAACAGCUGCGGCAGCCGCUGAAUUUCGCCUUGGUCAAUCUCGCCGUGGCCGACCUUGGUACCACGUUAACGGGCGGUCUGCGAUCCGUGGUGACCAAUGCCGUGGGUUACUACAUCAUGGGACGGGUCGGCUGUGUGUUGGAGGGGUUCUGCGUUGCUUUAUUUGGUAUAACAGCACUGUGCACAGUGGCCCUGAUCGCUGCGGAAAGGUUGUUUGUUGUAUGCAAGCCUCUGGGUACCAUCACGUUCCAGAGCCGGCACGCCGCAGGAGGGUUGGAAUUAUGCUGGCUGUGGUCUCUGAUCUGGAAUACUCCUCCUCUCCUCGGCUGGGGCAGUUACCAGCUGGAGGGGGUGGGAACUUCUUGCGGACCUGACUGGCAGGGUCGAGACCUGAAAAACGUGUCUUACAUCAUCUGCUACUUCUCGCUUUGUUUUGCUGUGCCAUUUGCCCUCAUUGUGAUCUCAUACUCAUGGCUGCUUUACACACUAAGACAAGUGGCUAAAGUGGGCAGAGGGGCAGCUGCGAGGGCGGAGUCAAAGGUCGCAUGGAUGGUUGUGAUGAUGGUGUUGGCCUUUCUGGUGAGCUGGCUGCCCUGUGCUGCUCUGGCUUUAACCGUCGUCUUCAACCCCGAGGUCCAGAUGAGCGCUCUGGUGAAGGUUGUCCCCAUAUACAUGGCCAAAAGCAGCACUGUCUACAACCCCAUGAUCUACAUAUUCAUGAACAAACAGUUUCAGAGGUAUGCAGUACCAUUGCUCACGUGUGGUAAAGAUCCCUGGCCUUCAGAAGACGAUGCAUCAGAGCUUCAAACUGUCGUAUCACCAGUCAACAAAAUCAGCCCAGAAUGA